GCAAAGACUGGACUAAUGCCCGCACAUGUCUCGUUGGAGGACCUACAGCAGCAGCCGCACCGUAGAGAUGCUGAGAAUUCAUCUCCUACUCAUGUGUUGACGAUAGCAGAGAGGGAUAAUGUGCCACAUGCAUCUGAAUUUCGGCCUGCCGGAGAGCACAUAGGUCACAUUCACCACAGAGACAAUGACUCCAGGGAGGACCUUGAAAACCGAAGAAACUUGGAUGUACAUGAACUGGGUCUCACUCGACGCCACGGCGGACGACGUGACAUCAUUGACACUUUAGACGAAAAUGCACAAGAAGUGAAAACACUCCACAAAUCCCCUUUGGUGAAAUGGAGACGACGAUACUUAGGGGUCAUUGAGACGAGCUACGAUGAUAUUAGGGAGUCCUAUCGUAUACAACGGACUCAAGAGAGGGAAAAUCCUCAUCGACCGCACUUCCUCCUUGAGGGCCUCUUUUCUCUUUUUAUUGCGAAGGAGUCUCAUGAAUACCUCAUCAGAUUUCUUCAAACAAACGAUCGUCUCGUGCUGUUUAUUCUCUUGGAUCUUGUUGUCGAUGUGUGCUUUUGUAUUAUGUAUCUGGUUGAGCUUCAAUGGAAUUUGGGUUCAAGUAGCGAAAUCAGUCAUUUGAAGCCGGCCUGGUUAUACGUAGCCCGUCCGCCGGCAAUAUUUUACACAUGCUUCGCGUUCUCCGUCUACAUUCUCGCGUCCUUGUUUACGAAGAUCCUUUUUGCAGACUCUAAGCGACAAGCUUUAUUGAAUUAUCGGACGGCCCUCGAUUUAAUACUUUGUGUACCUUUUGUUGUCUUGGCAAACGUCCCCGAUAACGGAAAACUUAUUUAUAUACCGUACUUUUUCCGAGCAAUAAUUGUCAUCUCGAGAGUAAAGAGCGUCCUGAGGUUGCAUGGAACUUGGCCGGUACUUAAUGUGGAUACCUAUACUGACCGUUUAAUAGUGCUUAUAUCAACUAUCAUGGUCUUGUUGUAUGUCGCUCUGUGUGCAUUUCAAUAUUGUGAGAAUCGUUUUGCACCCAAUGAAGAAUCCCGCAACAUCUCGCUGAUGCAGGCACUAUAUUUUAUUGUCAUCACUACCAGUACCGUCGGCUAUGGGGAUAUCUCGCCCACCUCAAUCCCUGGUCAAAUCGUCGUCCUUGUAUUAAUCAUGUUGGCGAUAAGCAUUCUCCCCGGCUUAAUCGCUCGUACGGUGGAAACGUUCAAACUCCGCUCUGCAGGAGGGGGAACAUAUCAACGAGGAUCUCAUCCAUUUGUUGUGAUUGUUGGGCUCUUUGACAAUGCACUGAAGGUCAUGGACGUUCUGAAUGCAUUCCUACACCGGGAUCCUGCACAGCAAAUGAAAAUCGUAUUCCUUGCACGGACGCCCCCGUCUCUAGCAGUAAAGGCUGUUCUCAGUCAGUCACCUUUUCAACACCGCGUUUCAUAUCUGCAAGGAUCUGCGUUGGAUGUAGAGGAUAUGAAGCGGGUUCAAAUACAAUAUGCGUCUGCUGCCUUCAUUAUUGCUGACCGCAGCGCGAGUGAUCCCUCAGUGGAGGACGACCACAAUACAUUGCGGGCAUGGGCUUUCGAUGACUAUGCACCCCUCACGCCACUGUAUGUGUAUAACCUUCUCCCUGAAACUGAAAGCUUUCAAGAACACACGACAAAUGCAGCUGUAUGCGUUGAAGACCUGAAGCAGAUGCUGCUCGGAUAUAGCUGUCUGUAUCGAGGGGCAAGCAGUUUACUCUUAAAUCUUCUUCAACAGACCGCUCCGAUGAGCCAAUACGACGAGCCGUGGAAGGCCCAAUAUGGAGACGGAUGUGGGAACGAGUAUUACAGCACUGCGGUUAACUCCGCCUUUGUUGGAAAGCGGUUCACGGAUGUCUCCUGGUAUAUCUUCCAUCAAUAUCAAGUCAUUCUUUUUGCUGUGAAAGUGGUGAUAAAAAGUCGCGGUGAUUAUCACUUGAUGUUAAACCCCGGUUCAAGCUAUCUUCUUGGGCAAUUUGAUCAGUGUUUAUACAUCGCACAACGACAGGAGGAUGUCAGUGCUAUAGAAACAUUGACACCAUCACAGUAUGAAAGAUCCCUACGCAACUUGCAAUCGAGAGCAUCUGAAUUUCGCAUGCAGCCGGGUAUUGUGCGACGGGGAACGUUCACUGCUACUCGUGUGCAGGAUUGCAGCACCGCCGCGGGAUUUCCCAUGAUAGGCAACGGGCAGCUGAGGAUUGGAACCCCCCAUCCUCCAUUUAGUGAUAUAAAAGGUAUCGUUUCUAUACAGUUUUUUUUUCUUUUAUCGUGCCCACCCAGUGCUUUCUAUAUAAUUUCGAGGAACAUGAUGCCAAUGUCUAUCUUUGUUCCAGUGGGCAUCUGCCUUCUGUUGCGAAACCCGAUGACAUCGCCAGAUGAAUGUCUGAUAGAGGAUGCCUCGACGAUGCGUAAGCACCUACUUGUUUGCUCCAACGACUACGCCCUUUUCCGCCUCAUGUGCACGCUGCGGUCCGCCCAUCUGACUGAGGAUGAAUUCAAAACCGUCCUUCUUCUUUGCCCUCAUCUACCGAGUCGUGAACAAUUUCGUGCGCUUUCGGAGUUUCCGGAUCUUCACAUCAUGAUCGGGGACCCGCGAAGAAAAGCCGACCUUCAGCGCGCUGGCAUUGUGGGAGCGGAGAAAGUCCUCAUUGUGAGCAUGCAUCGGAAAAAUCAAGAUGCUGACCAAUCUCAGGAUGAGACCUUUGCUGACAGCGCUGCCAUAAUGGUGAGCCAUAUGAUUCAUAACCUUUUCCGGCGAACGGGCCAUCGGAAGUUUGUUGUUGUAGAACUGUUGAAGCGUGGCCACAUCAAAUUUCUACCACCCACUGCGAAGAGAGCAUCCAAGAAAAAGCACCGCUUGAAGGAUGCACAGCGUAAAUCAGUCGCGUAUCAAUCUGAUGCGGGCGUUGACAGUUACCUGUACGCACCAAUAUAUGCAUCAGGCCGUGUUGUGGCAGCCAGCAUGUUAGAUGCGAUUCUCUUUGAAACAUUUUACAACUCAGCCGUGCUUGAUGUUUUCAGGCUGCUGUGUGGCGUUCGAUACAAGCACGACGUUGAUAUGGAUAAGCUUCUGGGCGUUGACCCAUCCUACCUAUGCUGCGUACCGGUACCUUCUGAGUAUGAGCAUCAGCCAUUUUCCGUUCUGUAUCGCGAGUUUGCACUCAAUCAAGGUGUGAUUCCAAUUGCAUUACUACGAGACACAGAUGACCCCAAAUUAGGAAACCGGCUGCCCUUUGUGUUUACCAACCCACUCCCAAGCAUCAUAUUAAAAUCAAGUGACCUGGUAUAUGUUCUCACACCAGUAUCCAAAAAGAAAAUAUAAUGGAGUUGUUGCCAGAGGUGGAACAUUCUUGUAAACAAUCACUUUAAAUCAUCUAUAUAUAAUAGUCCUUCAUGGAAAAAUUGUAAAUAAUACAGUAUUUAGACAG